GCCACAGAGAAGGGAUCCACAGCGCCCCUUGACCUUCAAGGAUGUGCUAAGUGAUCAGAAGAUAGCUAGCAAAGAGGGGGUAACCCAGGGGGGCCGUCCUGAUCACGAGCCACACAGCUGAGGCUCCUGGCAGCCACUGCAAAAAGUGCUCCCAGGUGCAAACAGCGCCCCCACGUGACCUGCGCCGGCCGGCUCCGCCCAGGUGGCGCCCAUCGUCAUCACCCUCAUCCUUCGGGUUUAUCUCUAGGGGGAGCAGGGCAGAGACAUUUUGCUGCUGGGCCCGGAGUGGGCAUGGAGGCAGCAUCAGCCCGUGACUUGGAGCGCCGCCGGCAGGAACUUCUGGCGCCACCUUGUCUGGACACCGAGUCGCUCCGUAAGAGCCGACCCCCCGCACGGGAGCCUGGAGCCCUGAGAUGCCUCACUCCCAAUGGCAGGUCCCUGUGGCCUGCGUGCCAGGACUCUGUCAGCACAGCAUUGCCUUUCCUCCAAGAGAAAGAAAACGGGUCACUGGGGUCCCCUUCGCUGGCCUCCCAGGCCCUGGGGCCGUGCUGGGAGCUGAUGGUCAUAGGGAUGGCAGACCCCCUAAGUAUGGCCAGGAAUCCUAAGAGCACACAGUACCCCGAUCCGGAACCCCCAACUUCACUCCAGAGAAGAGCACGGAAGCAGCUCAACCCCCAAAAGGGCAUUGAGAAGGGGGACCCCACAUUCAAGGGGGUGACUCUGAAGUUUCAGAUACAGCCGGAUUCUAGCCUCCAGAUUGUAUCCACCUACAGCUUGCCUGGCAGAAGUUGUUUACAAAAGCUCCCUGCAAGCCCUUCCAAAGCCCUUGUCAACCCAGGAGGCAACGAGGCCCUUGAGCCCAGGCGCUGUGCUUCUUGUAGGACCCAGAGGACUCCACUCUGGAGAGAUGCCGAAGAUGGGACCCCUCUCUGCAAUGCCUGUGGCAUCAGGUACAAGAAAUAUGGCACCCGUUGUUCCAGUUGCUGGCUGGUUCCAAGGAAAAACGUUCAGCCCAGGAGGUUGUGUGGCAGAUGUGGGGUGUCCCAGGACUCCCACCUAAACCCAACUCAGGAACUGUGAGCCCUUCUUUAUCUAGCCAAGUCAGUUUGGCUUCAGUUUCUCCACGGGAGAAUAGGUAGAAUCGAGCCCCUGGAAGUGCCCAGCCUGUCUUGCUGCCAGCAACCCCAGUUGGAGAGUCAGCCUCAUGUCCAGAGCCCCCCUUUUCCACUCAG